AUGGCAGCAAAUGAUGUUCCAUGUUGCGAGCCAAUGUUCUGGGUGUAUCUAAUCAUAUGCGUGGUUCUUGUUUUAUUUGCCGGACUCAUGUCAGGCCUCACCCUGGGACUCAUGUCCCUUAGCCUGGUUGAUCUUGAGGUCCUUGCCAAGGCUGGUCAGCCCCAAGAUAGGAAGAAUGCAGAGAAAAUUCUCCCAAUCGUCAAGAACCAUCACUUACUCCUCUGUACUCUACUCAUAAGCAAUGCCAUGGCAAUGGAGGCCCUUCCCAUUUUCAUCGAUGCACUUCUUCCAGCUUGGGCUGCCAUACUGAUAUCAGUCACACUUAUACUUGCAUUCGGCGAGAUUAUUCCACAAGCGGUGUGUUCAAGGUAUGGACUAAGUGUUGGUGCAAAACUCUCUUUCCUAGUUCGGUUGCUUGUCUUGGUCUUCUUUCCAUUAUCUUACCCCAUUAGUAAGCUGUUGGAUUGGCUACUUGGUAAAGGACAUUCUGAACUUCUACGUCGGGCAGAGCUUAAAACAUUGGUUGACAUGCAUGGAAUUCUGGCAGGAAAAGGUGGUGAGUUAACAUAUGAUGAAACUACCAUAAUCACUGGAGCUUUGGAUAUGACACAGAAAAGGGCCAUAGAUGCUAUGAAGCCCAUCUCUGAAAUAUUUUCGCUUGACAGAGAUUCGAAACUUGAUGAGCAAACAAUGGGACUAAUAUUGAGCAAAGGACAUAGUCGUGUGCCCAUCUACUCUGGAAGCCCCAAAAAUAUCGUUGGCCUUAUUUUGGUAAAAGAUCUGUUCAAGUUCCGUCCCGAAGAUGAAACCCCCAUCCGAGAUCUUAUUAUCAGGAAAAUUCCUAGGAUAAAUCAGUGUUUACCUCUCUACGAUUUACUGAAUGAGUUUCAGAAGGGUCACAGCCACAUGGCUAUUGUCAUAAAGGGUAAGAAAGGAGAUAGGCCGGAGAGUACUCCAGAAAAAGAAGCCAAACCUAGCAUCAUCAAUUUAAAUAUAAAGCAUACACAUGCAGUGACAAAAGAUCAUGAUCACCAGUUGGGUCAGAAUGAGCGUCGACUUAAUAUCUCUGUAAACACAAACUGGAGUACUGAUCAUCACAUGAGUACUACUGCAAUUCAAAUUCCCACAUUAGAUCAUGCCAAUGCCAAGCUCGGGAAUAAACAAAGCCCACAAUCAAAGAAAAUAUGGGAACAAGGAAAUGGGAACAUUUUAAAUUAUGAGGAUUGGGAAUCUCAGCUUCCUAAUUUAGAUGAAGAGGUCAUCGGUAUCAUAACGCUGGAAGAUGUCAUAGAGGAGCUGUUACAGGAGGAAAUUCUGGAUGAGACCGAUCACGAGUAUGUUGAUGAUCACAAGUAA